AUGCUGAGAGUGAUCCAAGCGGAGCCAAACGCUUUUUUAGAGCGUUCGACAGGGAUCUAAAGAAGAAAAGAAAUCCGAAAGCGUCUACUACAAAUGUAUGUGAAUCGACUCCUGCAACAAUCGAUCUGGUUACUCCACCUGCAUCACCACGUCGGUCUGAUUCGUAUAUGCAGUUUCCUUCAAAUUCUCGAGAGCUCGAUGAGCCGAGAUCCACUGACGAUAUCCCGGAAUGCGAUUCAAUAGCCAAUUCUACUCAGGAAACAAGCUUGGAUACAACAGAUUCCAUGGCAAAUACUGAAAGAUUUUUUGAUUUUUAUCCAGCUGUAUUUCCCGAAGAAAUGGAUCACGAUCUACAGGAAACAAGUGAAUUCAAUCUUCUGUGUCACAAUUCAUAUCAAUCUCCGUUUGAAGACGAAGAGACUCCAUACCAUCCGGAUUGGUUUUUGACAAAUAGCAAGUCACACGUGUUACGUUCUCUGAUGCACUAUAGACCGAUUGCCAAUAGCCCAAGAGGGGUGCUUGAAAUGGCACCGGAAUAUAUCAGCGAGAAUAGUUCAGAUUUUUGUAUUUCGACGAAACGAGGAGCUCCAUUGGUCAUUUUCAACAAUCAAAGCUAUCGUCCGAGAGAAACACUGAAAAAUGGGGACAUUGUGGCUAGAUGUAACGUUACACUGGAAAACUCGAGAAAGUGCCCCGGAUCCGUGCGUAUCAAGACUGAGACAGGCCAUGUGAAAGUCAGUCGUGAUUGUGAUCACGAAUCGAGGAGAAGCGAAAUUGCAGUGCAAUUAAUUAUGAGAAAAAUCGCAGUUUCAUCAAUGUCUUCUUCACCAUCAAAAGAACGCCUUUAUGAGCUUGCUGUUACACUUUCAAAAAGAUAUGAAGUUGUUGAACUUCUCAAGAGCAACAAAGAAAUCAGUCGCAUACUGGACGGUAUGCUGAGUAGGAAAUCGACGAAUAGUUUUCCACCAGCCCUCGAUUCUGCCUAUUUUAAAGGAGGAAAAUGUUGUUUAGACAGUUCUGGAACGUUUGAGUCUAAUAAGGAUUUGCUAGUUGUGUGGCAAGCAGAGGAAGCUGAAUCUUUGUAUGGUGCGCACAGCUUGCAUUUGGAUGGGAAAUUCUCAGAAAUUCCGAAAAAUUAUCGACAGCUUUACAUCGCAACAGUCACGGAUCUCGAUACGAACGUGGCAGUUCCAUUGGUUUUUGCUUUGUGUGGCUCUGCCAAAGAAGAUUUGUACAGACGUAAACGUUGGUUAUAUUUAUUAAAUUUAUCAACCUAUCCAGACUUUGAAGUGGCCAGUGUUAAUGCGAGCAGAGCUGUGUGGCCGAAUGCGGACAUUUUCGGAUGUUGGCGUCACUUCAAAGUGAAUCUUUUUAAAAAUCUGCGAAAAGCUGUUGGAGACGAUAUCAAUAAGCCGGAAUUCGUGAAUCUUUUAAAAUCGAUUUAUACUCUCAGUUUUGCUCCACACGACAAAGUACUUCUUUGGCUCCGUCUUCUGAAAUGUUGAACAGUUAAUAUUCAUCCAGCAUUGAAAGAUUUCUUCAGCUACCUCGAAAAAUUCUAUUUUGGAGAAGAUGCUCGAUAUCCCGUUGAUUUUUGGAACUGUAAAGAGAGGGUUCGAAACGGAUUAGAGUUCACAAACAACCCGAGUGAGCAGCAAUUUUCCAAGCUGAAGAGAAUGUAUCAUCACAACGACUAUCAAAACCUGCGAGGAGUGAUUCAAAAGACCAUUCAACUAUCAAAAUCAUUGAUCCUAGACUUGAAGAGACGAUCCGGAAAUCGAACAACCGCUGUGCCAUUAUACAAAAACCCCGAUUUCUGUACUUCAGUGUUUUUGAAUUAUACCGGUUUCAGUGCUUUUAAUGAGAAACUUUUCCCUUUUAUGGAAAUUCCGAAAUGCUAUCACUGA